ACGUCGAUCGGGUUCGAUAAAUCAGCAAGAGUCAGUCGAGCGGUUAAAUAGAAGAGAAGCGGUAGAACUCAUCUAAUUGCAACUAGAAUUAUACGAGAGAAAAAAGAUUAAGAAGACCUUUAAAGGGCAAGUCAAGAGUCGUCGGUGCCUUUACCCAAGCAAGAGACACCAGCUCUCCCAGACUGCGUCAGAAAGAAUCUCCUGAGAACCAACCGGUUAUCGGCAGUUUCUACUGAUAUUGAUACAGACGAGCACUGCAAACUACCUUCUGUGAUCUUAAGAGUUCAAUCAAAUUAAACUAAAGGAAACUUUGCACCUUGUUAGUCGAGGCUGAGCUCAAAAGCCUCUGAUUACGAGCACAGUGCAACAAACAAGUUUUAUUGGUAGCCGAACCUAUGUUAAUAUAAGCCGAUCUGGUAGGCGAACUAACAAAAGGUCCGUCGAUAUGAAAGUGGAAGAUAUUAAGUGGUACAGUCCUUUGGAGUUCUUUGUUGGAGCUAUUUUGAGUUUUGCUGAUCCCAUCACCGACAUACUCACACUGGUGGAAUUCUAUCGCACAGAUCACAAGACUUGGUUUGGUGUAGGGCUUACUUUUGUUUUAUUGCCAUGUUUGGUGUCUCCGGCAUUGUUCCUCGUUUUCCGUCGUGAUGACGCUAAUUAUUCAUCUUCACUUUAUGCAAAAACUGCUUUUUGUGCAUUCCAUCCGUUUUCAGCAGCCUUCGCAAGAAUUGAAGCGUUGAUCUUCUGUCUCAAGAUAUGGUGGUUUGGAAAUGAUGAAAUCGACGACGAUGCCUAUGACAAAGCUGAAAAUUUACUCGAUCAUAUUGCCUUUGCUGUGCUCUUUGAGGCAGUCCUUGAGUCCGCCCCGCAAUUUAUAAUCCAGUUGUACGCCAUCAGUGUUCAAGAGGAACCAGCUGCGAUUAUUCAAAUGAUUUCUUUACCUGUUUCUUUCCUCACUCUGGCCUGGGCCUUCACAAAAACUGAUGAAAGGACUCUCGUCCUGCGCAAUAUAAUAUCAAAAAGCAGUGACCUGAAAGUAAAACACAAAGUUGCAUUGUAUUUAACUCACUUACUUCUCCUGAGCAGUCGAUUGUUCGCCAUCUGUUAUUUCACCGUCAGCUACAAGUGGUGGGUUAUUGGCGUGUUAUCAUUUCAUUCUUGUCCUGUGGUAAUAGCGAUUCUUAUUAUGAAAAGAGGUAUAAAAUAUGUUUUCCUUAUUAUUUUGUUUAUGGGCAUUCACUCUCUGAGAGAUGAUGCUUCGGCGUUCUUCGCUGAUGCAGAUUCGAAAGGUGUGAGCCUGAUUGUGCUUUUAUCACAAUUUUUGUUUUUAGUAGAGAACUACUUUAUGAUCUUAAUGUUUUAUUUCAAUGAUUACGUCAAAACUUGGUACUCUAUUCCUGUCACUGUCUGCGUUUGUGUGUUCAGUGUUCUUGGCUCCACAAUGAGAAUUUAGUUAUUUCGUUGGCUGAUGAAGAAAUCAUCUGACGCCGUUUUACCAUUUACAAACAGUGGCGACGUGAAUACAUAAGCUGGUAAGUGUUAUAAAGUGUUAUACUAGUUCGGUGUGAUGUAGUAAUUCGUUUGUACUUAGCCGGUAGCCGUACCAAUUGAUUUCAUGAAGUCUUAAGUUAUUUAGAUUUAAGCUAUCGAGCAAGAGAGUUUUCAAGCUGUUUUCAAGUUGUUUUCAAGCUUGAUUAAUUUCAUUAAAUAGACGUGUUUACUUUUAUUGUCUACUGACAUUGCCUUGGGCUCACUCGAAAGUUCUUUUUUUGGCUUAUGUAGUCUAAGAUUGAUUCACUUGAUCGGAGGCAUUAGGUACGUGUUGUUUAUUUGUGAGAUUCUUGUAAAAAUGUUUAAAAGUGUUUGAUCUUCCGAAUUCAGUUGACCAGCAUGCCCACUCAUGCUUAUCGAUAGCGAAUAUAUAAGCAUAUACUUUACAGUUUGCUCAGUAGAAGUCGGAAUUGCGUCAGAAGUAAAUGAUCGGUGGGAAAUAGAGGAAUUUGAAUCAGAGUGUGAGCACCAAAAAGAGAUUUGUCAGAGUUUGACUCAGACACGUGUAGUUUUAUAGUUAUGACAAAUCACGAUGAUUUUACCACAGGCAGCCCAAGCUCCAGCUGUGAGAUGAUCAUCUUGCACAAUGACAGUCAUAACGGAAUUAUAUGAGUUU